UUAACAACAUACAUUUUAUUUGAAACACAAACAAGUAUAUCUGUCAGUGGACUUUGGUCCCAUCGGUUAGCAUUUUGUAGAUUUACAUGCGAUUAAAAUAUGACAGUUAACAUGCAUGCAGUGCUUGAGGUCUUAAGAACAAUACUUUAUCUAAUUUACUGUUACGGAGAAGCUGUCUUUCGCAUGUUCGUGCCAAUAAAGAAGAAAAGUUUCGCUGGUAAAGUUGUACUAGUUACCGGCGCGGGCCACGGUAUCGGACGAGAGCUGGCUCUGCAAUUCAGCGAGAUUGGAGCGCGACUGGUCCUUUGGGAUAUCAACAGUGCUAAUCUUGAGAAGGUUAAAAAUGAAAUCCAGAAAACAGGACAUACUGCAGUCUCAUAUGUUUGUGAUGUCAGCAAAAUAGAAGAUAUAAAAGCAGUUGCAAAAAAAGUGCGGCAGGAUGUGGGGGAGGUGGAAAUGCUGGUCAACAAUGCUGGUAUUCUGCAUGGUGGAGCCUUACUAAGCCUCUCUGAACAGGACAUUCGCAGGACAUUUGAUGUCAAUGUUCUCGCACAUUUUUGGACAUGUAGGGAGUUUUUACCCCACAUGAUCCGACAGAAUGAGGGUCACAUUGUGAAUGUGGCCUCCAUGAGUGCACAGAGAGCCGUUGCCUACCUGACAGACUAUGCGUCCUCCAAGUACGCAGUAAAGGGGUUUACACAGGGACUACGUGAUGAACUGAGAAGGGAGGGACAUACAGGGAUACAUCUGACCACUGCUUACCCAAUGUUUGUAGAUACUGGGUUAGCACAGUAUGCCAUUGACAGAGAUGGGAUGCUUACACCGCGUGAUGUUGCUGCGGCAGUUGUUGAUGGUGUACAGAGAAACGAGCCCAGUGUGUUUAUACCCGGCAGAUAUAGAUACACCCUGCCUAUUAUGAGUUGGUUGCCCUCGAAAUUCCUGGAUCAUCCGACAGAGUUUAUGUACAAGGGAAUCCAUCCACAAUACCACACCAACAGAGAAUAGUGAUCAUGAAUGUCCGUACUGUAGACAGUAUAGUGGUCGUGAAUGUCCGUACUGUAGACAGUAUAGAAUUUAACCCUUUACCGUUUGGCUCUUCGUUUAAACGCGUUUGUAGAAAAUCAAAGUAAAUUAGAUAUCAUUCUUACUAGAUUCAACUUUUCAAGGCUUCAUUUCCAACCUUACGAUACUGAUGGGCAUCAAACAGCAGGACACCUAAACAGCCUGGGCGUCACUCGCAGGUUGAUUGGUUUUAAGCCUUUUGCAACAGCCAUUUUCACUUAACUUCUGAGAUGGAAACAGUAAAACUUUUUGUUAUAGAAAUCAUAUGAAAAAUGAAGUUACUAGGAAAUUAACCAGUUUUUAUAUUUAGAAGAAGAAUAUGAAUUAUUUGCAUAUUUAAAACAAAUAUGAAACACUGUAGAAAAUUCAUAAUUAUUCAAAGGAGUACUAUUCUUUAAAAACUCAGUCAUUUUUCUUUGAAUUCCUCUAACAACUUUAUUUAAUGUGGGAGUCCAUGAUAUAGUCAUAUUAGGCAUGUGAAUAAUUUAAGGCCAAAUCAAAUUAGUGUUACGAUAUUUAUGCAAUCUAUAAAAUGCAUUUCUUAAAAUUACAGCACUGUCAUAAAAAGAUCUUGUUAUGAAGAUAGGCCAAAUUCAACUUCAAAUUCCUUGUGUCAAAUGGCUACACACAUGCAAACCCAUAUUUCAAUGCACUGUCAAAUGGCUACACAGAUGCAAACCCAUAUUACAAUGCACUCAACAAAUAAAUUAGACCCCCAGUUAAAUUCUAUGUAAAAUGUGUAUGUAAAGUGCAUGUUAAAAAAAAGCUGAUGUUGGCGUGUGCUGUCUAACACAUUUUUUCACAUUUAAAUGGGGGUAGACAGAGUAAGUAAAAACUGUUAAGUUCAAAAUCCAUGCUCCUUUUUUUUGUUCACAAUAUGAUAGUUCGGUGACUUUAAUAUGAAGUCUCAUGUGGCAAUUUUGUGCCAUCUAUUCAUCACGUUGCUUUCCACUUUAAGAAUUAAAACCUGCAAAUGAAUUUGAGAAACAAUGGACGUUUUUUGUUUAAAUCCUCUUUCAACACAAAAAAGCAGUUUUAUUCUACAAAAGUAAGUGAUGGUUUAUUGAAUGAGCUGCGUGCGCUCUGGAAAAAUGGGCUUUAAUGCAUGUGUCCCAAGUGUCAUCCCAGAUUAGACUGUGCAGUUUGCACAGGCUGAUGAUCGACAACACUUUCUGCCUAUUCUGGAUUUUCAUUUAGAAAAGACAUCUUUUAACAAAAAAUUCCAUAAAUUUCCAUAAAAGAAAAAAGUUGCAUCGGUGAUUAGCCUUUGUGGACUACACAGGCUGUACUGGGAUGACGAUAUGAGUCGUGUUCUGAGUAAACUGGGCAUAAUGCACGUGCGUAAAGUUUUGUCCCAGAUUAGCCUGUGCAAUCCGCACAGGCUAAUCAGGGACGACACUUGCCGCUUUUAUGACAUUUUUCGUUUAAAUGAAGUAUCUUCUUUGCAAAAAUCCAUUUAAGGCGGAAAGUGUGGUCCCUGGUUAGCCUGUGUGGAUUGCACAGGCUAAUCUGGGACGACACUUUACGCAUAUGCAUUAUGCCCAGUUUUCUCAGAUUGGGACUCAUAUAUAAAAUAUAUUAUAUAAUUUAUUACCAGCUCUAGACAGUGUAGAGAAGAGUGUGCAGCCAUUUUUUAUAUCUGUGUGUACGUACCUUAUAAGUCAAUUUUGUAAUGUGCCAUUUAUUCUCUAGUGUGUUAAAGUCCCAUCUUACAAAGCUUUAAUUGUUGUGUUUUAUUCACCAGGCUGUUGCAUUGUUAUGUAAGCAGAUUUUUUAUUGAAUAUAUAUAUUGUUGUCAUCAUGUUUUUGUUUUUUUUAAUUUUUAUUUUUUUAGUUGAUUUGUCAAUGCUUAUUUAUUUAAUUUAGAUAUGUUUAUAGAG